AUGGCGAAAAGGGAGGCAAAACUUGUGGUUACCGUGGCACAAACGGCAGUUGUUGAACGCUUAUAUGUAGAAUUAGAGGAAAAAGGCAGGGAUAAGAAGUUGUACAGGCUAGCCAAGGCAAGGGAAAGGAGGGCACGCGAUUUGGACCAAGUGAAGUGCAUCAAGGACGAGGAUGAUGAUAUAGUUCUAAUUAACGAAACUCAUGGUGGAGUUAACACUAAGCUGGAGGUCAUCCAAAAGAGAGGAAGUUUCAAGUAUUUGGAGUCUAUUAUCCAGUGGAAUGGGGAGAUUGGUGAAGAUGUCACGCAUCGUAUUGGUGCAGGUUGGAUGAAAUUGAGGCUAGCAUCCAAAGUCUUGUGUGAUAAGAAGAAGAUUAAGGUGGAGGAAAUGAGAUUGUCACAAUGGAUGUGUGGGCAUACAAGGAGAGAUAUGAUUAGAAAUAAAGAGAUUGGGGACAAGGUGGGGGUGGUCUCGAUGGAGGACAGGAUGAAGGAAGCGCAGUUGGAGAUGGUUCAGGAAUGUGAAGAGGAGAAGUUGAUUUUGGAUGGUUUCAGGAGGGGUAGAAGUAGGCCGAAAAAGUAUUGGGGAGAGCUGAUUAGACAGGACAUGACUCGGUUUCAGCUCACCAAGGACAUGACCUUAGAGGAGGAAAAUGUCAGGUCAAAGCCUCCUCAAUUGCCAUAUGAGGCAAAGUUGUAUAGAGUUCUUCAGGAGGAACUGGAAUUCCAAAUACGAGGUGGUUCGGCUUGGAGAGAGGUUACAAUGUUCUGGUCAUGGAUUUGCUUGGACCCAGUCUUGAAGUUUCAUUUAUUUUUUUUUAGUAGUAAGUUUUCCCUGAAGACAAUGAUGCUUGCAGAUCAAAUGGCCUACGUUAUUGACUUUGGUCUAGACAAGAGGUACAGACACCAUUCAAGUCACCCACACAUUCCUUACAGCUUUGAGUUGGCUUUAGCAUUGGAAGCAAUCUAA